UGGUUUAAAACAAGCCCGUUAUAAAAAGGGCACCUCGGAUCCUGGCUGAUUGUAACAGCUGCUGACGUUCCUCCGGCACAGGGGAGCUUGGCUGGAACGGAAAAUGUCCAGAGCUGGAACCAAGGUCACCUUCUAUGAAGACAAGAACUUCCUUGGCCGUUACUACGAGUGCGACAGCGACUGCCCCGAUUUCCACAACUACCUGAGCCGCUGCAACUCCAUCCGUGUGGAUGGGGGCACCUGGGUGGCCUACGAGAGACCCAACUAUGCUGGGAACAUGUACGUGCUGACCCACGGGGAGUACCCCGACUACCACCACUGGAUGGGCCUCAACGACCGCCUGGGCUCCUGCAAGUACAUCCAGAUCCCAAGUGGAGGCCGAGGCCACAUCCAGGUGUUUGAGAAGGGAGACUUUGGCGGGCAGAUGUUCGAAGCCACCGAAGACUGCCCCUCCAUCAUGGAGGAGUGGCACAUGCGUGAGGUGCACGCCUGCAGGGUGCUGGAGGGCGUCUGGGUGUUCUACGAGCAUCCCAACUACCGGGGCCGGCAGUACGUGCUGCCCAAGGGGGAGUACCGCAAGCCCGUGGAGUGGGGCGCGGCCAGCCCCGCCGUCCAGUCCUUCCGCAGCAUCUCCGAGUGA